UGAGUGAUCUUUUAGACUCAUACACAUCACUUUUCAUAGAUAUUCACGACGUGGCUAUGGAUGCUGUGAAAAUCUUCCAGUUCCAAAACUUAGCCAUACUCAACAAAACCUUCGUAAAUUCAGUGACACGAAUGUACUAUAUUUUCCUUCUGGCUAAGACCGCACAAAUAGCUGACGAGUAUCUAUACCUUUCCGGGACCUAUGCCUUUUUCUCGCUUAUCGAUGAUUUACUGUCCUUUUUCGUAGUGACGCUUAUCAAGACGGAGACCAAUAAAAGUGGAAAAUACGGAAGACUUACAAAUGAGUUCCUGGGAGUGGAUGAACGGCUUGAACAAAACAUCGAAAUGCUGUCCUUCCUCCUCAUCUUAAAACCACAUGAUGUGAAAUUUUGCGGCAUGGUCGAUAUAAAUCGUGCAUUCAUCUUGUCUGUAAUAUUAUCAGCGUUUGUUGAUUUGAUGCUUUUAAUCCAGUUCCAGCGGGCAACGUGAUUAUGAUAAAAUAAAAUAAACAAAAUUCACUUUAGACUUCUGUUUUAGGAUUAACUUUAGGAAAUUUUCUUGUAUAUAUUUCCAUAAAUGGUGAAGCUUCUUUGACCAAAACUAUACAUAAUUUCCUCACCCACCACUACGAGUAUCGAGUGGAGAAAAGAAUCAAAUUUGAA